AUGUUAUGUCGAAAAGAUCCAUGUGGAAUCGUCUGUAUUGCAUUAACAUAUGCAAUGCUUUUGCAUUGUCUUUAUGUUAUUCUUUUUGUUUUAAUUCUGCCAUUAUUUAACGAAAGUCUUUAUGGAACAUUGAAUGCGUUAAUUAUUUGUACACUUGUUUUUUUUUCAAUUAUUUCACAUGGACGUGCAGCAUAUUUUGAUCCAGGUUUUGUACCAUUACCAAAAAAAGCAAUUGAUUUUUCCGAUGUCAAAAAUGGUGAUAGUUCAAAUAAUCUUAUAAAACCAACUGAAGAAGGUUGGACAGUUUGUAAUCGAUGCGAUACAUAUCGACCACCUCGUGCACAUCAUUGCAGGAUAUGCAAACGAUGCGUCAGAAAAUUGGAUCAUCAUUGCCCAUGGGUGAACAAUUGUGUCGGUGAAUUUAAUCAAAAAUAUUUCAUUUUAUUUCUUUUCUAUAUUGGAGCAACAAGCGUUUAUUCAGUAAUAUUUAUUAUCUGGACAUUAAUUGUUUUUCCUGAAAAAACUGAAGCUCAGAUAGUUCAUGCCGUAGUAAUAUGUGUUGAAUCAUGUUUAUUUGGUAUAUUUGUUAUAACGGUAUUUGUUGAUCAACUACAAUCGAUCGUAACUGAUCGUAGUUUGAUUGAUAAUUUAAAAUUAAGCGAAAGUUCUCGAAUGGCACAACAAAUUCUCCCACCAAAACGUGUUCUAUUUCGAAAAGUUUUUGGUUCUGGUCCAUUGAUAUGUUGGUUAUGUCCAUUUGAUUUAAAUAAAUCGAAUCCACCGAUUAAUUCAUCAGAAAUGUACCAUGUCUAA